UCGCGCAGCACUUGCUGGGGGCCUGAGGGAGCUUGCUUUUUGAGGGUGGGAGAGCGGGCUCUCCCGGAGCAGGACCCCCUUCCAGGAAAAGGGGUGGCUGCUGCUGCUGCUAGGCCGAGUCCUCUCGACAGACCCCAGAAGUAGGACUUUUCAGUUUAAAUUUGCUUAUUUCAUUUAGUAGUGCAGCAGCACCCACCAUGUCUGACUGGGGAUCUUACUACAAAACCGAGGGGGAUGGCGACGUGGAGGAAGAGGAGGAGAGCCCCGAAGCAGGUGGAGAAUACACGUAUUCAGGAAGAGAUAGCUUGAUUUUUUUGGUUGAUGGCUCCAGGGCUAUGUUUGAAUCGCAGAGUGAAGAUGAACUAACUCCUUUUGAUAUGAGUAUCCAGUGCAUCCGGAGUGUUUACACCAGUAAGAUCAUAAGCAGUGCUCAUGAUCUCUUGGCGGUGGUCUUCUAUGGUACCGAGAAAGACAAAAAUUCAGUGAAUUUCAAAAAUAUUUAUGUCUUACAAGAUUUGGACACCCCAGGUGCUAAACGCGUGUUGGAGCUUGACCGGCUGAAGGGGCCGGAGGGGAAACAGCAUUUCCGAGACUUAAUUGGCCACGGAUCCGACUACUCGCUAAGCGAAGUGCUGUGGGUCUGUGCCAACCUCUUCAGUGACGUCCAGGUCAAGAUGAGCCACAAGAGGAUCAUGCUCUUCACCAACGAAGACGACCCCCACGGCGAUGACAGCGCCAAAGCCAGCCGGGCCCGGACCAAAGCCAGUGAUCUCCGAGACACAGGUAUCUACGUCGACUUGAUGCACCUGAGGAAGCCUGGGGGCUUCGACAUAUCUUUGUUCUACAGAGACAUCAUCAGUGUCGCGGAGGAUGAGGAGCUGGGGGUUCACUUUGAGGAAUCGAGCAAGCUACAAGACUUGCUGAGGAAGGUCCGCGCCAAGGAGACCAGGAAGCGUGCGCUCUGCAGGUUAAAGUUUAAGCUCAAUCAAGAUGUAGCCCUUUCUGUGGGCAUUUAUAAUAUGGUCCAAAAGGCAAGCAAGCCUCCACCAGUGAGGCUGUAUCGGGAGACAAAUGAACCAGUGCGAACCAAGACCCGCACGUUCAGUGUGAACACAGGCAGUUUGCUUCUGCCCAGUGACACCAAGAGAUCCCAGAUCUAUGGGAGUCGUCAGAUUGUGUUAGAGAAAGAGGAAACGGAGGAACUGAAACGGUUUGAUGAGCCAGGUUUGAUUCUCAUUGGCUUCAAGCCCUUGGCCAUGCUGAAGAAGCACCAUUUCUUGAGGCCCUCCCUGUUUGUGUACCCCGAGGAGUCCAUGGUGAGCGGCAGCUCGACCCUCUUCAGCGCUCUGCUCACCAAGUGUCUGGCCAAGGAGGUCUUCGCAGUGUGCAGAUACACGCCUCGCAAGAACAUUCCCCCUUACUUCGUGGCUUUGGUACCACAAGAAGAGGAAUUGGAUGACCAGAAAGUCCAGCUGACUCCUCCAGGCUUCCAGCUGGUCUUCCUGCCCUACGCUGACGAUAAACGCAAGGUGCCCUUUACUGACAGAGUCCUGGCCAACCCGGAGCAGGUGGACAAGAUGAAGGCCAUUGUUCAGAAGCUCCGCUUCAGAUACAGAAGUGACAGUUUUGAGAACCCGGUGCUGCAGCAGCAUUUCCGGAACCUGGAGGCCUUGGCUUUGGACUUGAUGGAGCCUGAACAAGCCGUGGACCUGACCUUGCCGAAGGUUGAAGCGAUGAAUCAGAGACUGGGCUCCCUGAUGGAUGAGUUUAAGGAGCUUGUUUACCCGCCGGAUUAUAAUCCUGAAGCUAAAGCUGCUGGGAGGAGAUCAGCUGAGGAAGGUGCUGGAAGCAAAAGGCCCAGGGUGGAGCUGUGUGAAGACGAGCUCAAGGCGCACGUCAGCAAGGGCACGCUGGGCAAGCUGACGGUGCCCGUGCUGAAGGAGGCCUGCAGAGUGCACGGGCUGAAGGCAGGGCCCAAGAAGCAGGAGCUGCUGGACGCACUCACCAGGCACUUCCGGGGCUGACCGGGACCCGAGAGAGUCCGCCUGGGAAACCAGGGGCUUCGGUGUUCCUGAGACAACCCCUGGUCGUGGAGACUGAAACCUUCCAGCUUCCCUGUGCCUUACUCUGCCCCCUGAAUAAACAGCCCUGACUCCA